AUGACGCACAGUCCUCUCAGCCCACACAGCCCGCCCGCUCUCUCCGCCCGAAACCAGGCCAGGCGAGACGGCGACGGCCCUUUCUCUGUCCCCUUUGCACAGACACACAUCCAUCUUGUCCAUCUCACCCUCGCCUUCACCACCUCCCCCAGCACUGAAGACGCGACCCCCCUCGCGCUCUCCAGUGACGCGCUGCACACACACGCACAUACCCACCCGUUCACGGCAUCCAUAGCGAACAUCCCUCUCGCUCUGUCCGGCCCCUCCCCCCACUUCAGCAGCCGACGCCGACCCAAGAGCACGGCAAAACCCCGCGCGACAUCUCGCGAACAUUCCACCCAUAUCCACCAGGACCAAGGAAUGUGCUGCUACUCCCCCACAAUCAUGGCUUUUCCCCGGUACUCCAACCUUCCUAAGAUCGAGAAGUCGGGCGACGUUGUCGGCACUGCUCGUCGCGUCUGAACGCGGCGUCCACAUAUCGGUUAUUUUCUCUCCACCUCCCUAGCCUGUUGGUCA